GCCCAGCGGGCCCAGACCAGGAAGGAGCCUCCGCUUUGGCGCAGGGCGUGCCGGGGGUCACCCGGGGCCGCGGAGAGUGGCCUGCGACCUUGUUUUUCGGGGACGGAGGCUUUGGGCUGGACGGGCGUCGCUCUGAGGUCAGGAAGUCGCAGACGUCUCCCUGGACGCGGCCCCGCUCACCCGCGCACCAUCCUCUUUGGGGUCGGACACCUCGGCCCAGCCCAGACCCAACCCGUCGUCACCCCCGACAGCGGGGACUAGGGGGGCUCUGCAGCCACCUCCGGUGCUAGAAGAGGAACCAGUGGCAUCUAAGACUCACGAUCGUCAAUUGGAAUCAGAUCCCAACCCUGCGGAAGCGUGUGGUAAUUCGUCCACCUCCCUGGAGAUGACUGAAGGCGUUUCAAAGGAACAGAUUCACCUUGGCUCUAGCCCUAAAAAAGGGGAAAGUUGUGAUCUCAGCCACCAGGAAGGACUUCAUUCCAGGUCCCUUCAUUUGUCCCCCCAAGAACAGUGUGCCCGUCAUCAAGACAGGAGGCAGUCCUGGCGGCGAGCAAGUAUGAAAGAAACGAACCGGCGGAAGUCACUGCCUCCCUUUCAUCAGGGCAUCACAGAGCUCUGCAGAUCCAUCAGUGUCAACAUAGCAGAAAGGAAGCGGCUGGGCUGUCUCCUGCUUUCCAGUUUCCAGUUCUCUGUUCAGAAACUUGAACCUUUCCUAAGGGGCACUGAGGGCUUCAGUCUUGAAAGUUUUAGAGCCAAAGCAUCUUCUCUUUCUGAAGAAUUGAAACAUUUUGCAGACAGACUGGAAAGUGAUGGAACUCUACAAAAAUGUUUUGAAGAUUCAGAAGGAAGAGCACCAGAUUUGUCUCUGGAAACAUCAGUGGCUGAGAUGAAGGAAUAUAUAACCAAGUUUUCUUUAGAACGUCAGAGUUGGGAUCAGCUCUUGCUGCACUACCAGGAGGAGGCUGAAGAGAUCAUAUCCAGAGGAUCAACUGAAACCAAAAAUACUGAAGUUGAAGUGGAACCUACAGCAUAUCUUGGGUCUUCCCAGAGUGAAGUCCUUAAUACAAAGCCUGACUACCAGAAAAUAUUACAGAACCAGAAUAAAGUCUUUGAUUGUAUGGAGUUGGUGAUGGACGAACUGCAGGGAUCCAUGAAGCAGCUGCACGCCUUUAUGGAGGAAAGUACCCAGUGCCUCCAGAAGGUGUCAGUACAGCUCGGGAAGAGAAGCACGCAACAAUUAGAUCCUUCACCAGCUCGAAAACUGCUCAAGCUUCAGCUACGGAAGCAGCCUAGCACAUGUUGCUCUAAAUCUUGUCAGUGACCUUAUGCAGCUUUUCUGCCACAGGAUGCUCCAGAGGAGAGAAACAGGAAGAGUGCCCCAGUGCACGGCAACUGCACAGCGGGCUAAGCUGUGACAUCUGCCCUGUUGCCUUUGAAGAUAACUGGCUGACUAUAAAGCACUUCGAUUUUUUUCUUAAAAUGAUGGAAUUUAUGCAUCUGAAAGAAUGUCAUAUAGAAACUUUUUCCAAGAAUGUGCAAAGUGCUUGAGACUUCUGCUUUGGAAUGACCUUCAGAACUAGUGGCCCAUUCUUUUAAAUAUCCUUUGUGAUGAGAAACCUUCCUCUUGUGAAGAUGUUUUUCAGGCUUUGAAACAACGCAAAGUCAUUCAGGGCCAAAUCCGAUAAACAUUUUAGGGGUCGUCCUGGUUGUAAAGGGAAUGAGACUGAUUUCUAGUGUGGCUUUGAAGGUGAUUUUAGGAUCGUGUUUUAGCAUCGUGUGGAUACAUAAAUCACAUCACAACAUGUCCAAAUUGAAGGAAGUACCACUCAUUCUCUAUAUCCUGUUGUCUAUAGUGUGCUUUAGCUUUUAAUAUUGAGUGGACAUCCUAAAUCCUGGAUUCAUGGCAAGAAGGGGUUAAGUACCUCUUUUCAUUGUUCUCCAUAUUUGUUAAUAAUACGCAUUAUAAGAUUGCACAUACUUAAAAGCUUUCCCUUGUCUUUGUGUAUAUUUUGAGUGUAUAAAAAAAUGAAAAGGCAGGGAAGGCUUAGCAGAAAAUAGGAUUCUUUGCCAGGAUCUGGAAGUGAACAGUAGUGUGGAGAUAUGCCUCAGCAUUAACUACCAGUAAAACACCAGCUAAUUUAUUGUUAGUGUCUCUUAUUCUCUGGUCCUCCUAUUAGGACGAAAUCCAUUUCACUUAAAUACCCAGUCAUUAUCCUAAGUCUUAAGCCUUCGCCUAAGCACCAGUUAGUGAGAGGUGAUAUCUCCUUGCUUUGACCUACAUUCCUUAUUCUUUCAUAGGUUUGCAGAGCCCCUGCUGUAUGCCACACAGAGCUGUAGGAACUGGGAAGAGAGCAAAGAACAAAAACAGACUCGGGACCUCCUUUCAUGGUGCUCACAGUCUAGUGGGGACAAGGGAACAAGAAGACACGGAACAAGAAGAGAGCCCUAGUCCACAGAAGUGAUGUUUUAGUUAACUUGGGAAGGAGAAAGGAGUUAAAUAGGGCAGUUAUUUGAGGUAAAAGGAGCAGCAUUUACAAAGGUCUGAGGGGAGAGAGAGAAAUGUAAGAGCCACGUUAGACAAAGAUAAUCGAAAGUCAUUGGAAGGUUUUGAGAGAGGGAGAGAAGGGAUCAGAGCUUUAUUUUUAAAAGGUCAGGGACUUCCCUGGUGGUCCAGUGGUUAAGACUCUGCACUUCCACUGCAGGGGGCGCGGGUUCAGUCCCUGGUCAGGGAAUUCAGAUUUUGCAUGCCACGCGGCAGCAGCCAAAAAAAAUCACUCCAGUUGCUGUUUGGAGAACAGACAGAAGCAAGUAUGUGUGGGUGUGAGAGACCAGUUGGGCUAUUGUAGUCAUCAGGUGGGGAAUGACAGCCUGUGCUGGGAGUUGGCAAUGGAUGAGUGCGGGGAGUCGUCUACAGUGUCUGGAACAUAGCAGGCAUGUCACCUACGUGUUAAACGCCUAACUGCCACGUAUUAACUGACCGAGAAAAAGUUAUUUAACCUCUUAUUUGUAAGAUUGGGGGAAUGAUAGAAUCUAUAUCACAGGGAUGCUAUAAGGGUUAGAUUAAAUAACGUAAGUUUAGAACAGUGGUAUGAAUAUGAUGGAGGGGGUGGGUAAUAGAGCAGAUAAUGAGAUGGGAAAGCUUGCAGUUCAGUUUGGAAUGCCAAACAUGUCAACUAGAAUGUUGGAUAUACAGGUGGAAAACUGGGUAGGAAAACCUGGACUAGAAAUAAAAUUUGGAAGUUACUGAUACCUAGUUAUUAAAGCCUUAAGAGUAGAUAAUAUUGUCCAGAGUAGAGCAAGAAGGGAAACUGGACAGACCCAAGGAAAGCUUUUAGGAAUCAGAGGAGUGGUGUUAAUUGCCUACUCUCAGAAGCAGAAUAGUAUAGUGGAAAGAGUGUAGAAUUUGGAGUGAAUCUUCAUCCUUAUCCUCAAUUUCCUUUCUGUGAAAUGGGGAGAGAUCACCUCUCUCCAAAGGGGAUUGUACCUCUCCAGCCCCAUUUUAUCUACUACAUUGUAUUACAUCUUUUGUUGAUAAGAAUUUGUUUAAGCCCAAGGAUAAGAAGUAUGUUUUUGUGUCUUCAACAGCUAUGCAAGAUAGAGCACAGAAAAAGAAUAUUUAAUAAGCUCUCAACAUUCUAUACACAUACAGACCACAACUUUAUGAGAUAACUUCUAUUUUUUGUCAUUAUAGAUGAGGAACUCAGGCAUGGAGGGGCUUAAUAAUCUAACCAAGAACAUAUAGAUAGGAGUGGAGGGUCAACUAGAACCCAUGUGGCACUCAGUAAAUGUUAACAAAUCAUAUAAUAAAAGGCUGUGCUCAGUAUUAGUUUUCCCUCUCCCCAAAUUUGGUUCAGGAAUUGCACUUGAUGAAUAUUAUAGACAUUUGCAGCCCUUGAGAUGUUUGGUAAUAUUCUUCCAUUUGCCCUACUUUAGUUAAGAGAAUAUCUUGCUUUUAGUCAAUGAUACUUAACACUAAAGAAAUAAUAGAUCAAAUUAUAAGCUCUUUCAAGGAAGGGAGUAUGUCCUGUACAUUUUGGUGUUUCUUAAAUUUGGGUGUAAUUAAGCUUAAUGUAAUCAUUCUGGGGAAAAAAAAUUCCAUUUCUCAUGUUGCACUCUAAAAAGGAGAUGGUGUGGCUGGUGGCUGUAGUAGAGGUGAUACAAUGGAGGACUGGGAAUUAGGAGCCCUGUCUUGGAUUCUGGUUCUUUUCUUUUUUAACUUUUAUUGGAGUAUAGCUGAUUUACAAUGUUGUGUUAGUUUCUGCUGUACAGCACAGUGAAUCAGUUAUACGUAUACAUAUAUACACUCUUUUUUAGAUUCUUUUCCUAUAUAGGUCAUUACAGAGUAUUGCGUAGAGUUCCCUGUCCUAUAUAUAGUUCUUAAGUUACUGGUUCAUUCACCAAAAACUUACUAAGCCCUUUCUUCAUGCCAAACACUGUGCUAGGUGCCAUGUGACAUUGGGUACCUCUCAGGGCCCAUGUCAAAGGAGGAUGCUAUGCCCUGUAAAGCAGGGGUCCCUAACCCACGGGCCGUGGACCGGUACUGCCUGAACCAUCCUCACCCCCCAACCCCCCACCGUCCGUGGAAAAAAUUGUCUUCAAUGAAACCGGUCCCUGGUACCUAAAAGGUUGGGGCCUGCUGCUGUAAAGAGCUCUUAGGGGCUUCCUAAGGAUGCAACUCGGCAGAAUGGGAGAAGCCAGCCAGACACAGCACUCAACUCCCCUCCCUCUGAGCAGUUCUAGUUUAAGGUUCUCCAGGGAGACUCCACAGCAAGAAAACUACAGUACUCCCCCCUUAACCGAGGGGGAUACGUUCCAGGACCCCAGUGGAUGCCUGAAACUGAAGAUAGUACCAAACCCGAUAUGUGCUACGUUUUUUCCUAUAUAUACACACCUACAAUAAAGUUAAUUUAUAAAUUAGGCACAUUAAGAGAUUAACAGCAACAAUAACAA